UCCGAAAUCGAGUAUGCUCGGGAGCGUGAGAGCUUGUGAUUCUUGCCAAGAUAUGAGCAGUAAGGUCAAGAAGAUUUUUGCAAUCAAAAUAGCUUGUCCUCACUAGCUAUAGUCUAGACUUAAUAUUACUGGGAUGUUUAUCUAGCGUGUACGAUUACCGGAAACUCUGUAUCAAUUUCUUUUCAAACAAUCCUAACGCAAUUUGCCCUUCUGCCUCGAACGAACUGUUCCAAACCAAAACGAAGUGAUCAAGCAGCGCUUUGUGGUUAAGUCUAGGCUUUCUUCUCCGACUGUACGCCAAUACAACAUGCAUGCUUCUUCCAUUCUAACGGUUGUUCAUGCACUGGACGAAAGACGUCGCGAAUAUAACGGACCAUCCACAAACGACAACUUUCUAGGCGAGGCCUGUAGCAGUGGAGACAAAAAGUACCAUGAGAAGAUAAAACUAGGGACAAGAUUAAAAACAGCAAACACAAGACGAGACUCACAAACUAAGCCACAGUACACACUUCAAUCCAUGUGGAGAGUGUUCAGCGUGGGUCUGUUUGCUGGGAUGUGCGUCAUCCUCUUCACUGUCAUGAUUAUUGCAGCUAUCAAGUCAGAACGUGACAUUCAAUGGGAGCCAGCUUUUCGCAUGUACAGAGGGAUGUUUCUUUUUAUUUUGGAAUUUUUUUUGUUUGGUAUAAAUAUUUAUGGAUGGAAGGCAGCAGGCAUUAACCAUGCCCAUAUUAUUGAUCUGGACCACAAACAUCUAGACUGGACGCAAGUCCUUGAGCUUGCCUUGUUCCUGUUCUCUGCCUGGGGUUUGAGUGUGGUAUUGUUCAUAUUCUCGCAUUUGUUUGGUGUUCCACCCUACACCCACCCACUAGCCCUCACGUGCUUCCUAAUCUUGUUCUUCUUCAACACCCUCAAGACCUUUCACCGUGGGGCUCGCUUCUGGCUCAUCAGGGCUCUGUGGCGCGUCUUGACUGCACCUUUUCACCCUGUUGGUUUCUCUGACUUCUGGCUUGCGGACCAGCUCAACAGUCUAGUUGUGGCUUUGCUGGACAUGGAGUAUAUAGCUUGCUACUAUGCUUUGGACUUCUACUCAGUGCAGGACCGAGCCCAGUGUGGGAGUAAGCUCUAUGGACUAAGACCACUGAUUGCUUGUCUGCCGGCCUGGUGGCGCUUCGCCCAGAGCCUGCGACGAUAUAACGACACCAAGCAAAAGUUUCCCCAUCUUGCAAAUGCCGGCAAAUACGCCACUGCAUUCUUUGUGGUGUUCUUCUCGACUAUAGUGGCUACUGAAAAAGAAGAAACGGGUCAGACUGCGAUCGGGUUCUAUUUCUUCGGCUGGGUCAUGUCCGUCUUUGUCAGUACUUGCUACACGUUCACGUGGGACGUCAAGAUGGACUGGGGACUACUAGAGAGCGAGAACAAUCUUCUCAGGUCCAGACGCAUGUACAAACACAAGAGCUUCUACUAUUUCGCGAUGGCGAGUGACUUACUCCUCCGCUUCUCUUGGAUUCUGACGCUGUCUGGUGGUGACGCCGGUCUUUUCCAUUCCGAAAUAUUAACAGGAUUUCUUGCUGUGCUUGAAGUGUUUAGGAGAUUUAUCUGGAAUUUCUUGCGCGUUGAAAACGAACACAUAAAUCGUACGAAAGAACCCAUGGACCACAGCAAAGACGAGCUCCAAGAGUACGGGGAGAGCGAGACAGAGGGCGAUGAACAAUAGAUAUGAAAUGUCGUGGGUCUAGAAAUUAUCUAUAAAUAUAUAGUUGUUGCAAUUUUC